AUGCACCACGCACUACAGAUAGUCGAGAUUGUGAGGGCCAUAUGCUGGGAUGUCAAGCACUCCGGCAUGCAGGGGGAGCCCACGCUCGUUUCUUUGGCCCAGACAUGUCGCACGUUCCAGGAUCCUGCAUUGGACACUCUUUGGGAGCACCUCUAUACCAUCGAUACUCUUAUCCGUGCCCUUCCUAAGGAUGCAUGGAUAUAUAAGAAGGAUGACGAUGACGAUGAAUAUGAGGAUGAGAACCCUGAUCUCUCGGAAAACGGGUCGCCAGACUCGAUCACCAUCCUAAAUCGCCCCUUAACACCUGCUGACUGGGCCAUCAUCCGCAAAUAUGCGCCUCGCGUGCGCACGCUCUGGCAAGCUCGUCCACUCAGUUCCGAGACGUUUUGGGCCCUCAGUGUAGUCCCGAAUGGCAUGAUGCCUCUCCUCCCCAACCUCAAGGAUCUGCGCUGGCUGGACAAGAACCUUAACGACUUCCCUUCCAUGCGCCUGCUGCUCCCAUCGUCCCUCGUGACCAUGGACUGCAGCCUCAAGGGCGACCCCCACCGCGUCUGCGCGCAGAUCGCCGCGCUUUCACGUAUGUGCCCCCGGAUGAAAGACAUGGAAAUGUCGUCAUAUAAUCGUAUACCCCAGGCGAUGGAGACGUUCUCGCGCGCGCUGUGCAGUUGGACGAACAUCACGCGCUUGCGUUGCGAGGAGAUCACCGACGACGCGUGGAUCCAUAUCGCGAGCUUUCCGAGACUCACAGAGCUGUCUGUUUCAGCUUCUCCAGCUACGUCGUUCCGCAGGCUGCGGGAUCGAAUGCCGGAAAACCCGUUCUCGAGUGUCACGUCGCUGGACUUCUGCUCAGUCAAGCUGGAUCAGGCCACCGAGUUUAUCAGCGAGACGGCUAUCUCACCCACGGAUCUGGGGAUUCAUUGUCUGCACAGCAAGUCCGCGACGCUCGCGGAGGCUCUCAUCAACGCCAUCGUCGAAACCUGCGGUAUUUCUCUGAAGAAGCUGACUGUUGGAUAUACCGACAAGGAGACUUUCAUUUCGCCUCCGCCUCUCGACUCUAUCCGACAACGCGGCAAUUUUCUCACCCUCGCUAGCCUCAAGCCACUAUUCAGAUUCAAAAACUUGCACACACUCAAAAUAGAUGUGGUCUGCAAGAUGGACCUCGGCGACAACGACAUCAUCGAGCUCGCCAAGGCGUUCCCGCACCUCCAGGACCUCUCCCUAAACUCCAGAUUCGGCUGGCAACAGCGCUCAAAAGUGACAUUCUUCGGUUUCUUCUCGCUCCUCUCCCACUGCCCCGAGCUGGAAGAGAUCGGCAUCGUCUUCGACGCCGAAGACUUGAGCGCCGUCGAUCCCGAGCUCGAUACCCCACCCGAGCGACGCGCGCCGAUACCGGCCCAGCGCGACUUUACUUACGAGCUCACCGUGGGGGACUCGAGGAUCGGAGACCCCGAGAAGGUCGCGGCAGUUUUGCUUGCCGUUUUUCCGUGCCUUGAAGAUAUACACUCAUGGAUGUUGUGCGACGCACUGCCGAUGGACGAGGAGCGUGCGCGGGAGGGUAUGCCGCAUUACCUGGGGUGGCAGAAGGUGCAGGAACUUAUCCAAAGAUCGCGUUCUGAGAUGGAAGAUGAGGAAUCGGGCUCAGAUGAAGAUGGGGAUGAUGACAGCGACGACGACGACGAGACUGUAAUGGGCGACUAA